AUGCGUCCAGUUCCAGCUUCCGCAGGCUCUGCCUUGCGCAACUGGACCCGACACACUCUCCCCAGCUCCUCGUCACAAACUUCCCGUCUGGCCGCCGUGUCCGCCACAGCUUCAUCCCCGAGUGGUCAACGACGGCUACAAACCAACGAGCCCAACCCCGCGGCUAGCUCAAGCUUCUCAAGCCCUUUCAGCAGUCCCAGCGGCGGCCAUCCUCUACAUAGAGCCGGCAACCCCGACAAGUAUGACACCACCAAGAUCCCCAGCUUCAAGCACUAUGCUUCUCCCACACCCGAAGUGACGAACCGAGUCUUCCAAUAUUUCGUGGCCGGAUCAAUGGGUCUGCUCGCCGCAGCUGGCGCAAAGAACACCGUGCAAGACUUCCUCGUCAACAUGUCCGCGUCCGCCGAUGUUUUGGCCAUGGCUAAAGUCGAAGUUGACCUUGCUGCCAUUCCUGAGGGCAAGAACGUUAUCAUUAAAUGGCGAGGCAAGCCUGUCUUCAUUCGUCACCGAACAGAAGAUGAAAUCAAGGAAGCUGAAGCAGUCAACCUAUCCGUCCUCCGUGACCCUCAGAAAGACGAAGACCGUGUCAAGAAACCCGAAUGGCUAGUGAUGGUUGGUGUCUGCACACAUUUGGGUUGUGUCCCCAUCGGCGAAGCAGGUGAUUUUGGAGGCUGGUUCUGCCCGUGCCACGGUUCACACUACGACAUCUCCGGACGAGUAAGAAAAGGUCCUGCGCCAUUGAACCUCGAGAUUCCCGAGUACGAAUUCCCAGAAGACAACUCGCUAGUCAUUGGUUAA